AAACUUAAAAAUAUGUCAACAAAUUAGGAUCAUCUGAUUCAAAAAAAAAAAACAGCAAAUUAAAUUAUUUGUAUUUGUUGGCAAAUAAAUUGAAAAAUUUGGUAAAAAGUAACUUUUUAUUCGUGUAGUUUACAAAUCUUCAAAAUAUACUUGAAAUGUAACAGUAGAUAAAUGCGUGUGAAAAUUUUUGGUUAUAAUAUGUCUAAAUUAACUUAGCUUAUUAUCCUAGCCGCGUUAUUCUUUUGGUAUUGAUAAAUUAUGAGAUUCAGAACGUACAAAUUCUACAAAGAACUUUAUAGUUUGUAUUCCAAACAAUUUAGUUCUAUAACAACUGUAAACAAUUCAAAUGUUGGUAAGCGGCAUUAUCCAAGACAUUCGAUAUGUGUUUCAUCGAUAGUGUGUCUUUCGUCAGAUCAUAAAAAUUCCCUGCAAAAUUUUGAAAAAAAAGCGGAAGCUUUUAAAGAUGCAUUUGAACAAAAAAGAGAAAAAAUUAAAGACACAGAACAUAAAAUUAGACAAAAAGGAGUUGAAAUUGUUCGUGACUUAAAACAACACAAGGAAAUAACGAGUCAAAAAUUAAGGGAGAAAAAAGAUCAUAUUAUUAAAGAUAUAAGGGAGACAAAAGCAAAAGUCAAAGAAAAACUUGAAGGAGUUGUAGAGAAAGAAAAUGUAUUCACAGUUCCAAAUGUACUGUGUGUAAUGAGAAUAGCAAUGUCUCCAUAUUUAGGUUAUGUAAUUUUGCAAGAUGAUUACAACCUAGCACUUGGAUUACUUACAUUUGCAGGUAUUACAGACUUGCUUGAUGGCUGGAUAGCUCGUAAUUGGGAAGGACAGGCAUCAAAAAUGGGUUCCUUCCUCGAUCCAAUGGCAGAUAAAGUUUUGAUUGCCACAUUAUUCAUAUGCCUUACCUGGCAAAAUCUUAUACCCUUAGCCUUGACCCUUCUUAUUGUGGGAAGAGAUGCAGCUUUGGUUGCGGCUGGUUUUGUUAUAAGAUAUAUUAGUCUGCCUCCACCAAGGACCUUGAGUCGCUAUUUCGACGUGACACACGCAACAGCGCAACUGGCGCCCACAUUCAUAAGUAAAGUGAACACGGCAAUACAACUAUUAUUGGUAAAUUGCUUUUAAUUUAAAAAUAUGACCAAGACGUAUUGUUUGUAUUUGC